AUGAAUCUGGAAUUUUACAGGGGUUGGUUCCUUUUGGCUGAUAUCGUGGGAAUGGAACGGCAAGUCUGGAACCUUGAUUCACAUCUGCAGGAGACAUCGACAAUGCCCCCAAAACAGAACAGGAAAAUUAAAAAAUUGGCCGAUGUAAUAAGAGAGUGCCGCAUCGCAUCUUUUUCAAAUGAAUCUAAUGGAAUGGUCAUUAUGAAAGAUCACGACCCAGCUAUCAUUUCUCAAUGGCCAAAAGUUAAACUGAAAGUACCCCACAUUUUUUUACACAAACCUGUAGACUUUGCUCAUCAUGUCCGAAAACUUCUUUCUAUGGGUAUAAAUUUUUAUCAGCCUUCACUCAGCAGAUAUUAUACUAAAAUAACUUGUCUUACAUUUAAUGAUCACAAGGCUUUGAUUCAGUAUUUCGAAAGUAAACAAUUACCAUAUCACACCUUUGGCCAUCCAAAUAAGCGUAAAUUGAAAGUAGUCAUUAGAGGCUUGCCGAAAAAUGUGGAUUUAGAUGAUCUGAAAAGACAGCUUAAAAAUGCUGCCAUACCUAUUAUAAGAUUGCAUAAAAUGCAAAUAAGUGAAAAUAUAAAAGAUACAUCUCUUAUAUUAGCAGUGGUACCACAUAAUGAGGAUGGAAAAAAACUUUUGAAAGUUAAAAAGGUAUUAGGUUUUGAUGUAAAGUUGGAACCACCAGAUAAUAAAACAAAACAAUGUCACCGUUGCCAAAUGUGGGGUCACACUCAAAGAUAUUGCCAUGGCCAAGUGAAGUGUGUAAAAUGUGCUGGAGGUCAUUUAUCAAAAAAAUGUGAGAGAAAUGCCAGCGAGGAACCCCCAAAGUGUGCCAAUUGUGGAGGUGAGCAUACUGCAAACUUCAAAAAGUGUCCAUGUUGUCCAGACUCUUUAGAACAUCAGCUCAGUCAAAUUCAAAAGAAAACAAAAAUGCUGUAUAUUAAAUGUAAGAGGACAGAAUUAGUCACUUUGGAGAAUUGUGACAGUUUAUAUAAAAAUGUCAAUAAGCCAGAUCCAAUAGGUAUAGUUAUAUUU